AUGAUCAAGUGGGUAAUUAUUACCGCCUUCAUCGUCUCGGCUUUGGCCGAAGAAGAAGAACAAAAAUUGAAGUGGAAAGACGAUGAUGGACUCGAAGUUAAGAUCAUCCGCCCAAUCAAAGCCGAGAAGUGUAAGCAAAAAUCGCAAGAAGGAGACACCCUUGAGCAAUUUUAUCGAUUGACAGAUAAAGAUGGAAAAGAAAUUGGAAGCAAUUUUGGAAAGAAACCUUACACGUUCACAUUGGGCAAAGGACAGGUGAUUCCAGGAAUGGAAAGAGCGAUGACUGGAAUGUGCAUUGGAGAAAAGAGAAAAGUUGUCAUCCCUCCCGCACUCGGUUUUGGAGAGAAAGGAAGGGAAAGAGACAACAUUGCCGCGGACCAAUCCCUUUACUACACCGUUCAAUUGGUCGAUCUUUUCCGCCCAAUCCCCGGAGACAAAUGGACCGAUGAGGAUGGACUCGUCAUUGAGGUGACCCAUCAAAUCGCUGAAAAUGAAUGCCGCAAAUCGCAGCCCGGAGACACGAUUCAUCAACAAUACACACUGCAUCUCGAGGAUGGGACUUUCGUCGAUUCGUCGUGGUCACGAAAUGCGCCAUUCGUCUUUAAACUUGGAAACAAAGAGGUGAUCGCCGGAAUGGACCGAGCAAUGACGAAUAUGUGUGAGGGAGAGAGGAGAAAGGUGAUCAUUCCCUAUGAAUUGGGUUAUGGAGAGGACGGUCGACCACCACAAAUCCCCGGCAAAUCGAGACUUUAUUUCGACAUUCAGCUCGAGAAAUUGAUCAAGAGAGACGAAUUG